CCCCUUCUCCUUCCCCGAGCGGUUCAAGCGAGAGCGGGAGGGCAGAGUCGCUCUCACUCGAGAGGCGCGCGGGGUAGAGCGCGCAGCUACCAUGUCCGGCUCCGGCAGCGACCGCGGCGACGCACCUCGUCGCUCCCGAAGCCAGCAGCUCGGCUCCCCCGACGGCGGCACUCCUCGACGCCGGGCGCGAGCGGGCGACGGGGAUGGCGGCGGGCGAGGCAGCGAAGAAGAGGACGGGGCGGCCGGAGGAGCAGCGGGAGCGGAGGGCGCCUUGCCGGGGCCGUCGGGCGGCGACGGGGCGGACGAAGCGACGCGGCGGCUGCUCCGCCAACAGUACCGGGAGCUCAUCUCCUCCGUGCAGCAGAAUCGUGAAAUGAUGCUGAGCACCAGAAAUGAUAAACUCACAGAGGCUUUGGAAGAUGCGAAUAGACUAUUUACAGGAGUGUCCCGGGCAAGGGAGGCUGCUUUGGAUGCCCAGUUCCUAGUUUUGGCAUCAAAUCUAGGAAAGGAAAAGGCAAGCCAGUUGCACUCGGAGAUGUCAGUGUUUGAUCCAUCGGAGUUUGCUGAAGAUUUAUUAUCAUUUAUGGGUUUAAAUCGCCUGGAAAGAGAAAAUAGCGAUAGCGAAGAAGAGCAGGCUGAUGGUGGAUUUUUGCCUAGUGAUGCUUGGACUAAACUAGGUCAAGAAGCAAUGAAGUAUUUUAGAAGAGCACCUGUUUUCCACUGCAUGUAAGUUUU